AUGGAAAGCGCUCUCCCCAGCUACACUGACUACACCUCACUUUUGCAACUUUUUAAAGUGCAUGCGGCUCGCUAUAAAGACAAUGUCCUUGUACACUACCAGCUACCCAAUUCUACUGAGUUCAAGUCAUUGACAUAUGGCCAGGUCGACAACAUCUCCAGCUAUCUGGCAAGUCUAUGGGGACCCACGAUAUCAGCAGAUACCGAGUGCAUUGCGUUGCUCAGUGACGACCCUGCACAAUCUAUCCUUGCAUUUUUCACCGUACUGAAACUAGGACGAAUCUUCUUCCCGCUAUCUACAUACAGAUCAAAAGCGACUGUCGUUCAUCUUCUUCAAAAGAGUAAUGCAGGCUAUUUGAUCGCUUCCACAACGCAUCGUAUAAAGGCCUUGGAAUGUGCAGCAACUCUGUAUGAUGUAUCAAGGUUCGACAUCCAUAUCUGGGACGACUUUGACAUUGAUCAGCUCAUCAUUGCAACAAUGACGAAAGCAGAAACGUCCUGUAAAAAUGGUGGUGAUGUCAAUCAAUCUCGAGACGACGCACAUAACAUACGGCUUGAAAAGGAUAUAAGCGAUUCAUCUGUUCCUGUGACGUGGCUCCAAAGCUCAGGCACAACUUCCGAAUUUCCCAAAGCAGUCCUUCAUACCACUCGAUCGAUUAUGUACGUGGUGCUAGAGGUAUUCGUCAAAUCGAUUCAAGAAGCUUGCCCAGAUCUGGCUAUGGAUUCUACCGACGUAAUAUUGGUAACGGAAAAGCUGUUUCAUGGGCCUGCUAUGAUUACACUUGUAAGAAGCAUAUUAUAUGGUGCAAGCAUCGUUAUGUUCAGCAACGAGAUACCUACGCCCCGCGAGAUACUAGAUGCAGCUGAUACAUAUGGCGCCACUGUGAUGGAUAUGGUUCCAAUCUUUUUAAUGCAGUUGGCUCAGUAUCUGGAACAACAUGCGCCUGCCGAUCGAUAUUUGGCAGUUUUACAGCGUUUCAAAUAUUGUAUAUGUACUGGAGCACCGCUCAGUCGACCUAUUGGCGAUUUUUUACGAGCAAAAGGGCUGAACGUACAAAAUGGUUAUGGAAUGACGGAGACUGGCGCUCUUUGCAUUUCCGAUGUAUCAAAAAACAACGACUACUGGUAUAGCAUUAAUGUUACCAAAGACAUGAUGCGUUACGUAUCUUUGGAGCCGAUCAUUAAAGAUAUGCACCAGAGUAGCGGUGAAAAGGUGCAUCCAACGGCCAUGGAAAUGGAAAUCUGCAAGGAGGAUGUCAUCCAACAUUGUAUCAUCAUUUGUGAAGACAACGCGUGGACUGCUGUACUGAUUGAACUAAACGAGAAUAAAGCAUCACAGUUUUCUGCACAUGAAAUGGCUUCCAAAGCCAACAAGUAUGCACCUCCGCAUGGUAUCAUCUUCGUGCCUAACAUGGUGUGUAUCCUUCCAUUUGACAGAAAACUGCCAAAGACCCCAAAAGGAACGGUCAAGCGCAAAGCAGUCGCUGCCACUUUUGCUCAGGAAAUCGAACAGAUGUACAAAAACCUUUCUUUCAACACGUACUUGGAUGUUGCAUUGAGCUAUUAUGAAGCACACAUGGCGUAG